AUGCGUUUCUCCGCUACCGCUGCUCUUUCCGCAGCAGCUCUGUUGACAGGAACUGUCAAUGCUGAUGCUCAAUCUGUCCUCAGCGAAGCCAGCUCUUCUGUCUCCAGCGUUGCCAGCGAAGCUACUUCUUCUACCUCUACCUCAACCUCUGUUGAGCUCCCUACUUUCACUCCUACCAAGAUUAAGGGUGACUUCGUUGAGCAAUUCACAGACGAUUGGGAAGCCCGAUGGAAACCAUCUCACGCCAAGAAGGACACCAAAGGUGAGAAGGAGGAUGAGGAAUGGGCAUAUGUUGGAGAAUGGGCUGUAGAGGAGCCCACCGUCUUCAAGGGUAUGGAGGGUGAUAAGGGUCUUGUGGUCAAGAAUGCCGCUGCCCACCAUGCCAUCUCUGCCAAGUUCCCCAAGAAGAUUGACAACAAGGGCAAGACUCUUGUUGUUCAAUAUGAAGUCAAACUUCAAAACGGUCUCGAGUGCGGUGGUGCUUACUUGAAGCUUCUCCGUGAUAACAAGGCUCUUCACCAAGAAGAGUUCUCAAAUACAUCUCCCUACGUGGUUAUGUUCGGUCCCGACAAGUGUGGCUCUACCAACAAGGUCCACUUGAUCAUCAACCACAAGAACCCCAAGACUGGCGAGUACGAGGAGAAGCAUCUCGCCACUGCCCCAGCUGCCCGAAUUGUUAAGACCACCGAGCUCUACACCUUGAUCAUCCAUCCCAACAACACCGCCAUCAUUAAGUUGAAUGGUGAGCAAGUCAAGGAGGCCAACCUUCUUGAGGACUUCCAACCCGCAUUCAACCCACCCAAGGAGAUUGAUGAUCCAAAGGACAGCAAGCCAGAUACCUGGGUUGACGAGUCCAGAAUCCCCGACCCAGAGGCCAAGAAGCCAGAGGACUGGGAUGAGGACGCUCCAUUCGAGAUUGUCGACGAGGAGGCCACCAAGCCCGAGGAUUGGCUCGAGGACGAGCCUCUCACCGUUCCCGAUCCAGAGGCCCAAAAGCCAGAGGACUGGGAUGACGAGGAGGAUGGAGACUGGGUCGCACCAACUGUUUCCAACCCCAAGUGUGACGAUGUUUCUGGAUGUGGACCAUGGACAAAGCCAAUGAAGAAGAACGAUGCCUACAAGGGCAAGUGGACCGCACCAUACAUAGACAACCCAGCCUACAAGGGUGUCUGGGCUCCUCGCAAGAUCAAGAACCCCGACUUCUACGAGGACAAGCACCCCGCCAACCUCGAACCUAUGGGAGCUAUUGGUUUCGAAAUCUGGACCAUGCAAAACGAUAUCCUCUUCGACAACAUCUACAUUGGUCACUCUGUUGAGGACGCUGAGAAGUUUGCUGAGGAGACCUUCAAGGAGAAGCACCCCAUCGAGCAACUUCUUGAGAUUGAGUCUAAGCCCAAGGUUGAGGACAAGCCGGCACCAAAGUCUCCUUCAGACCUCGUCUUCCUGGAUGACCCAGUCCACUACAUCCGCGAGAAGCUCGACCUUUUCUUCACCAUCGCCCAGAACGACCCUAUCCAAGCCAUCAAGUUCGUUCCUGAGGCUGCUGGUGGUCUUGCCGCUGUCGCUGUUACUCUUCUUGCCAUCAUCGUCGGUGUUGUCUCCAUGUCUGGUUCCACCCCUCCCCCGGCUGUCAAGAAGGCUGCCGACAAGGCCAAGGCCGCCGCUGUGGACGCCAAGGAGAAGGUUUCUGAGGCUGUUGCUUCAGGAGUUGAUGCCGCCAAGACGACUGAGAAGCGUACCACCCGCAGCUCAUCGUAGAUGAGGUACGAGGUUACGGAGUGCGGGAGUCGAGCCGAGAUACCAGGGACAGAAUCGGAGGAAUGUUCAAGUAAAGGAAUUGGAAGAUCCCCCUCAGAUGCGCUGCAUUUAAAUUUCUGCAAAACCGUCCGUUUGAUUUCGCUCUUGGGAUGGUUCUGGCAUUCACGUAAAUCUGUAUUUUAGGCGCACAAAAUACUUGAAUCACAUUGCAAAGUCCUAAAAUCAAAUCAUCAUCGUGCUUGUGAUUCUGUUCCAACAUGCGCCCUUUUCAUUUAUGUGACGCUGCGGCCGAUGCGAGGCAGUGAGUGAUUCUCUUACUCCUUUUUCUACAGUAUCUAAGCGAGAAUCCUCAUGUCAACACAGGCUAUUUGUUUCUUGUACUCAAUAACUUCCUCUACUUCAUUUGAUAAAUUGCUCUAGUUCCUCCCUCUCAAUACAU